UGGGGGUUUUGGUUUUGGCAGAUACGUAGUCACGCACAGAAGUAUUUUCUCAAAGUUCAGAAGAGCGGUGCUAACGAACACCUUCCUCCUCCACGACCUAAGAGGAAAGCUAGGCACCCUUAUCCUCAAAACGCUCCUAAAAGUAUUGCUCUUCCCUCCCACGCCAUUGGAUCCCUUCCUGCUUCAAACGCACCCUUGCUUCAACCUUCUUAUUUGUACAGCUCUUCUGAUUCACACCCACUUGUGGGAAACCCUCCUGCGUCUAGCUCUUCUUCUUCUUCUCAGAAUCAUGCAUCAACAAAACCCGUGAUCCAAGAAGAACCGGGAGUUUCGGCCGCGGCUCUCCCAAAGAAUCGCUGUUACGGAACCACAAGUUAUAAGGAAGUUACGCCGAGAUUACCAGCGGUGACAGAGUCGAAUGAUGAAGAACAAAGUUGUGAGUCUUGUGACAAGCCACCUAGAGUGAUGCCCAACUUUGCUCAAGUCUACAGAUUUAUUGGAAGUGUGUUUGAUCCCAACACAUCAGGUCACCUCCAGAAAUUGAAGCAGAUGGACCCAAUAAAUGUGGAGACCGUUCUUUUACUGAUGAGGAACCUGUCUGUAAAUCUGACAAGUCCAGAGUUUGCUGAACAAGUAAGUAGUGCCAUACUUAUAUAUUCAAUUGCCACUCUUUCUCAAAAUUCAGAAAUAUUAAAAAAAAAAAAUUUCUUGGAAGGGUGGCGAAUUUGA